UCGGACUUUUGCCAAGAUCUCUGAAAACUCCGGUCGCUGACUUGGACAACCACCAGUCCAUCGCACACACGGCAUCAGACGAAGGGCAAGGACAUGGCGAACAAGCCUCCCCCCAAUGAUCAAUCCAAGACUUGCUGAGCCUUGACGGAACGCGAAUACCCAACACUCUUCCAGUCACAUUUCAACGGACUUGAUUUCCUCUUAUUAAAUAAACCUCCGAGAAUUGGUCUCCAUCGUUCCCCUACUUCCCACAGCCGUACCACUUGCGCACAAGACAGAAUCUCUAAUCGGGGAGAACAGCAUCGUGCCGGCGGAGAAGUCAGAGGAUCUUCAAUAUCCGCCGUUCUCUAUAGGAGUUUUCCAAAGGCCUUUCUCGGCUCCGGGUCCGGUUCACAGUCUUCCCGCACCAUGUCUACCGCGUCGUCUCCCACUAGAUCGACGAAAAGUCCUUCGCCGGAGACUACCCGCGUCCCUUCCAUAGCCAAAUGGGGAGCCGCCUGCGCGCCGUGUGCGACCGCAAAAGCAAAGUGUCUUCGAUCCAAUACGACGCCCGGGUCAAAGUGUGAUAGAUGUGAGCGGCUCUUCAAGCAUUGUUCGGUUCAGAUACACAGGCCAAGGAAGAAGAGGCAGAGCAGGCCAUCGAAAACAACCCAGCUUGAAGAGCGUCUCAACCGCCUGGUCAACACCCUAAGAGUAUCAGGAAACGUGUCCACCCUCCCGAGUGGCCCAUCAACCGGCCAGCCAGUGUUGACAGGCCCAUCGAGACACUCAUACCCAAUCUCCAAUCCGCCAGUCUCCCUACUCUCAGGACAACCAAUACCGGCGGACUUCUACUCCCAAAGCCGCGUCUCCCCUUGGGAUGUCGAAGACCUCUCCGACAUCAGACCCAUCAACAUCCCCGAGACCUACAACUCAUUCGUGCCCCCGACAUGCAUAUGCAAGCCCGAGCCGGGAGAAGCCCCGCCCCCUCCCGACACGGAUGAGAACCUUCUCAAGAUCUACCGCACCAAGCUGGCGCCGUGCUUCCCGUUCGUGCUGGUGCCGGAUGACGUCUCCGCCACCACGCUCGGUGCGACAAGGCCAUUUUUGAUGGCUGCUAUCCGCAUGGUCUCGUCGUAUCGGAGCAUGAAGUCAAUGCGGGGGCAGAUGUAUCGUCUCUUGAAUCACGUUGCUGAUCAUAUGCUUCUGAGAUCGGAGAGGUCAUUUGAUUUGCUGCUUGGAUUGGUGGUUAUGCUGGGCUGGUUUCAUCAGCAUUGCAUCGCUCACGCUCAGCUAAACCAGCUUGUCUCGCUGGCGACGUGUCUUGUUGGGGAGCUGGGGCUGAAAAGAAGCCCUUGUUUGCCGGAGCGGACGAGGUUGUUGGUUAUGAGGCCUUGGGAGUUGCGGGAACGCACAAAUGAGGAACGGAGGUUGUUGUUGGCGGUGUGGUAUCUGAGCUCAUGCAUCUCGAUGGAUAUUCACCAGAUCGAUUCUAUGAGAUAUUCGGGAUACAUGCAGCAAUGUUUGCGAGAACUCGAAGAUGACGUGGAGUAUGAGUCGGAUAUUCAUCUUGGCUACAUUGUUCGGAUACAAAGGCUCUGCGAGAGGAUCUCAGACCUAAGGUCCAAAGACUAUCUAGACGAAGAAGGGGACGCGAGUACACGGGCGCCUCUCUCAGCCUACGUCUCUGGGUUCAGAGCGGAGUGGAACAAACUCCAAACCAGCAUGCCUCCAAAGACCGUAGCCUACCUCCAAGUACGAAUGGCAACCCUGCGUCUCCGUAUUCACGAACCCCCCAGAAUCGACGCCGAACUCCUCGCCUCCCUCUCCAAAUCCCUCGACUCUAUCAGCGCAGGUUCAACAUCCGCCCUCGACGCCUUCUACCAAUCCAAUGCGGCUCUCAAAGGCUGGUUCGAAACCUGGCUCUCCGUACCCCAAGAGUUCUUCUACUGUAUCCCCAUCUCGAUAGCCUCGCACAUGGUCUACGCCGUUAUGAUGAUGAGCCGCUGGUCCUGGCUUACAACAAGAGGCAAGACACCGCCCGAGCCGCAGGCUGACCCCGCCGACCCGUCAGAGGAUAACCCCAACGUCGCGCUUGCGGCCAUGGAAGCCGCCAUAAGCCCCAAUACUCCCGCAUCGACGUCGACUCCGUCCGCUGAGACGAAGGGGUCUUCGCCGUGGCAGACGACGUUGCCCGACAAGGAUCUGCCUCAGGUCUUGGCUGCGCUUAAGGCACAGCUUUCCACGCAGCCUGACCUGAUGCUCGACGUGGAGGGGUACCUCAACCGGAUUGUUGCCCAGCUCCAGACCAUUGACGCGUUGUACUCCGAAAUGUCCGUCGACGAGGGCGAGUGGCGUGGAAACAUCUGGAGCCUGGGUGCGACAAAGGUCAAAAUUGCGAUGCUGAGACAGCAGAGGUGGUCCAAGGUCAUCGCCUCGCAGGCGGAGGAGCGAGAGCUGGAGAUCCAGGGCGCGGGAGGGGAGCAGCUCGGGCUAGGGGAGAUUGAGAUGCAGGAGAACUUCCUUGCGUCGUUGCAGAUGCCUGAGUGGGAUGCGAGUAUGGUAUGGGAUCCGCACACGUAUUAUGAUUCCAUGCCUCAGGACCCGGCGCUCUGGAGUGAUGUUGUUCCCGGGGAUCAGGACUGGGGGACGGGAGUGAAUGGGAUGGGAGGGAUGGGGUCGCUGGGACACAUGCCGGAGGGAAGAUAUAUGUAAGUUGUGUAGCUUGUAAGAUAGAGAUGUUAGAGUAAUUGUCUAGAUUUCAACGAAACUUACGAUUUGGUCAAGUCUGGCAUCGUGUCAAAUCAGUCAACUAAUGUGCCAGAGAUGAUGUUGUGGAUCGAGGGCUCCAUCAGGAGAUGUGGGCCUCGAGCCCUAUAUAUCUCGGCAACUUUCUCGGGAAUAUUAUCUGGCGUUGUGGCAGAGUGGUCUAAUGCGCAAGACUAGAAAUCUUGUUCCUUCG